GCUGCAUUGCGUUUGGUUGCGUUGCGUUCCGUUCCGUUCCGUUCGUAUUCGUAUAUCGUAUCCCCUGUCCUGUGCCCUGUGCCUGACCUCUUCUGUCCUCUGUAUCUAUGCACAUGUAUAGCCAUUUGUAAUUUGUCUAGAAACAAAAUUUCAAUUGAAAAUUGAAACACGAAUCAACGAAUCUACUAUUCUAAUCCAUUCUCUCGUUUCGAUGAUGAUUUUUCCACAGCUCGAGUAAUUAUUUAAGGAAUCGAUUUGGUUCGUUUACGUUUAUAUAUACAUCAGCAUUAGCAUCAGCACGCGUUCUUUCGGUGUCGUUGUUGUCACCUUGUCGCGAGCCGAGGCCGAGGCCGAGGUGACGAUAAUAUUACGUAAAAACGAUUGCGUUGUUGCGUGUUGCGUUGCAUUGCAUACGUAAAAUCGACAAGUUCUGACUGUUUUUUAUUUGCUUUGUUUUGAAAUAUCAGCACAAUUUCGUCGAUAACAUGACUUUGGCAACACCCCGUACCGAGAUAAAUAACGAGAUUGUUUCGUUGAGGCAGUACGUUCGUCAGGCUCGCAUCUGCACGAUAAAUAAAUUGAUCAGAGAAGCUAAACGAUUACGUAGUAAGCAUGGUAACGAGAAGCAAUUGGAAAAAAACAAGAAUAAAGCAGACAAGUAUUUCAGGGAGGUUUUUGCGUUGAAACAAAUCAAAGACGAUGAAAUAUCAAAAUUUGGAAUCCUUAACCUAGAACAUCUCCAAGACGUACUGCAGAAUCUGAAUACCGACGAUGAAACUAGGGCUAUGACCAAAGUUGCUCGUUACAAAUCUUUAAAAGAGAAAUUAAUCGAAUUCAAGCACAAGUUUCCAAACUAUAGAGAACACGUUUGUUUGAUAAAAAAGAAACCAUCGAUAAGAAAGAAAGGAAAGAAUCCCGUAGACGAGAUCCAGGAUGGAAACGACAAACGCGUCGUAAAGAAUACAAACAAAGUACAGCAAGCUAACGUAACCUCCAUAGAUCAUUCUCGCUAUAUAACUGUAGAAGAAAAUAUCGAAACCGAUGGGAAUUGCAAACACCAGUCGAAAGAAAUGUCAGUGCAUAAAGCCAAGAAAAAUAAAUGCGAACAAGAGGUGAAUAGGAAUACGAAACGUGCGAGAAACCACGAAGGGUCAAAGUCUGCUAUCAAAGUUGUAAGUAACGAAGCUGCUGUUAAAAGGUUCGCAGAACUUUUGCUGGAAACUAACGCACAGGCAACAAACGACAGGUGCGAAGCGAAUAACAAACAAGAGAUGUCUGACGAGUCGUUGGAAAUUAGAGAAAACACGGACGACUUUUUUCUAAAUUCAAACGAGAUCGUAUCGUGUCCAAAGGUUGAAACGUUUUCACAACAAAGAUACACAAACAUCGGUGAUGAUACAUUUAAGGCGUUACAAGUAAGAAAUGAAAGAGAUAAAUUUCAUAGGAACAAAGUAAACAAGGAUAGAAGAAAUACAAAAGUAGGAAAAAUAGAUAACGAGGAUACUUGCAACGAUAGGAAUAGGAUAACGGAAAGAGAGGCUGGCAAUGUACCUUGGAAACAAAAUAAAAUGAUUACAUCGGUUAAGAAGACGGGCGUUGCACAGAGAAAUAUCAAGAGCGCAAAACCUUUGGAAAAUGAAAAUUUACAUCCGUCGUGGGCAGCAAGGAAGAAACAACAAGAAGUUAUGAAACAGGGUUUCCAAGGGAAAAAAAUUCGGUUCGAUGAUAAUUAAGUAAACAAAUGACGAAUUCUUUAUUAACGUUCGCGAAAAAAGGAAUACCGCGUAUAUCUUUGCUUUAUUUGACGUA